UUCAAUAAAUUAGGGUUUUAAGCUUCCCCAAUAUAUAUAUACAUAUAUAAAAUGCCCUAGUAAGAGCAUCGACAUCUUGAUAUCCAUCAGAUUUGAGUUGAGCAGCUAUGGCUAAGUCGAAGAAUCACACCGCUCACAAUCAGUCUUACAAGGCUCACAAGAAUGGCAUCAAGAAGCCCAAGAGACAUCGCCAUACUUCCACCAAAGGGAUGGAUCCAAAGUUCUUGAGGAACCAGAGGUACGCAAGAAAACACAACAAGAAAAAUGGAGAGUCUGCCACUGAGGAAGAGUAAAUUUUAUUGGAAAAUGGAAUUAGCUUUGAUUAGGUUUAUCUAAUUAGGGCUGAUUCACUUUCUUCUAUGGAACUUAGUGUUUACUGUGCUUUAAUAGUUGCGUUUCUUUUUAUUUUCUGGAUUAUUGAUUAUAUAUUUCUUAGAAAAGAUUUGAAGUUGUGAGCUUA